UAUAUUAAUUGCCGCCAACGACAAACUGACAAUCUGGCUUCGCAGAUGCUAGCCCAGCCGGUAACGUGCACUGGAUGGUGCCGCGCACAGUCAACAGUCUAUUCACUGGACGCAGCGAAGUCAUAGAGCGGAUGCAGAGCGCCCUGCGUGACGAUGAUUCAAGUAAGGCCAAACAGAAGCGAGUGGUCAUCACUGGCAUAGGGGGCAUGGGCAAGAGCGAGGUGUGCCUGAAGGUUGCCGAUCUGAUGCGAGAAGACUUCUGGGGCGUGUUUUGGGUGGACGUCGGCAGCCAGUCGACUGCUAAGAACGAUUUCCUAGCCAUCGCGAAGGCGCUCGGAUCGGCUGCGGAGAGCGUGGACGAAACGCUCCGAGUGCUCGCCAACACCAAGAAGCGCUGGCUGCUAACCUUGGACAACGCCGACGAGGUCGACGUCGACUACGCACGAUACAUGCCGUCUGGGGUGCAGGGCGUAGUCAUUGUAACGUCGCGCAACCCGCAGUGCAGCCGGUACAGCACCGGGCCUGCAGAAGCGCUCGAGGGCCUGGACGCAGAGCACUCAACGCAGCUUCUGCUCAAGGCUGCUCGAGUGCCGGAAGAAGCUUGGCGGUCGUGCGAGACGCAGGCGCAAGCACAGAACGUUGUGCGUCUGCUGGGAUCGCACACGCUUGCGCUGAUCCAGGCUGGCGCGUACGUAGCCGAAGGGUUCUGUCAGCUGGCUGAGUAUCCCAAGAAGUAUCAGCAACAGCGCAAGCGGCUGCUUAAGUACAAUCUAACGCAAGAGCAGUCGCGGUAUCGAGACGUGUUCGCUACGUUUGAGGCAUCUACGGAUGCUCUCGAGCGUUCUGGCAGUCAAGAGGGGCAGGAUGCAUUAGAUCUACUCGCAGUGCUGUGCAUGCUGCACUCGAGCGUGCUUCCGCUUGAGGUGUGCGAAGAUGCAUGGCGAGGCGCCCGUCGCGUGCUCGAAGAUGUGCCUGAUGAGUCGGAUGGAACAGAGAAGCCAGACAAGAUAGGUGACCUUGGACGAUGGCACGUGGCGCAGCUGCCCAAGUUCGUUGACACAACAGCGGACGAGUGGGACGACUACCGCCUCAAGAAAGCCAGCGCCCGUCUUGUGUCACUGUCGUUGGUGACGAGGCAUGCGCUGGGCGACGGCGGCGGGGGGCUGUCGACGCAUCCGCUGGCGCAUGCGUGGGCGAAGGAGCGGCUGGAGAAGGAGCGGCAGCGGCAGGCAUGGGUGACUGCGGGGUGUGUGCUUGCUUUGUCGCGAGGGCAAACUGAGCUGUGGCAGGUGCACGAGAGGGAGCUGCGGCCACAUGUGCAGUCGUUGCUGUCGCCCAGCGUGCAGAUGAUGCUCUCGUGUGGACCGCAAGAGGCGGUGCUAGCCGCCUUGCUGGAGUGCGGCUGGGGGCUGAACACGAUGAGGGAGGACGCCAGGCUUGAGCAGCUGCUGGGCGGCAUCUACCAGGCACUGCACAUCAGACCGUCAGAUCCGUCAAAGGAGCACGUGCCAAUAUGGGAGCUGGCGGCCAGGAACCUGGGGUACAUGGGCCACGCGCAGGAGGCAGUAAAGCUGCUGGGGCACGUCGUCAAGAUCCAAGAGACUACGCUCAACGAGGGUCACCCCGAUCGGCUGGCAUCGCAGCAUGAGCUUGCCGGUGCAUACCAGGCCAACGGGCAGAUCAAGGAGGCAGUGAAGCUGCUGGAGCACGUCGUCAAGAUCCAAGAGACUACGCUCAACGAGGGUCACCCAUCUCGGCUGGCAUCGCAGCACGCGCUUGCUGGUGCAUACCAGGCCAACGGGCAGGCAGAAGAGGCGGUGAAGCUGCUGCAACAUGUUGUCAGGAUCAAAGAGUCACUAUGGCAGAGACCCAUCCAUCUGGACUUGUGUUAGAGCGUGCAUUGUCGUACUGCCAGAGCACGCUAAAGUAGAGAGUUAUGGUGGGUUAGGCGUUCUCUCAUUUUGCACCGCCUGGUUGUGGAGGAACUCAGACGGUGAAGCGCAGGGGUUCAGAGCACCAAGAUGCAAGAUUAGAAGCUGGUCUGUGUACCAUGGAUUCAAGUCUAAAGCGCCUUGUUCACCCGCACCGCUUUGGACUUCAACAAACCAACCUCUGCCUCUGGCGCAUGGAACGGGCUAUGCCUGCUUAGCGCCUUGGCUAGCGCGAGCCUUGGAGCUCAGUACAGCCACACACACCAGCGCACAGCCAGCAAACCUCACCAAACUCAUCUGAUCCAUCUACCCUCAGCAUCAGCAACAGAGAACG